ACUCCCUCACUCUCAUCUGGUUAUGAUGUGUGGGCAUGUCCUAACCUAAUCUAAACAAAACUUAUAAUGAGGUUUUAGUGUUUGAUGUUAUCGGAAUAAGUUGUGAGUUGGCCUGUUAUAGCUGAGAAAAUGUGGUGACUGGUGUUACGUUUUACUCAUUUGGUGACGUUAGUGUUGUGGUGAAACUGAAACGAAACAACAGUAGAAGUAAUCCUGUAACUGGUUUGAAAUAAUUGCUAGUUUGGAUAAUAACAUACCAUUUUAUCUGAUUAUAUACUGAAGAGACAGAAUCCUAUUAUACUUCAUCUUAUUGAAUCAAGAAUGGCUAAACGUACCCAACCUGCUUGGUCAGUGGGAGAGACAGAUACUCCUCCGGUCCUUAAAUUAUACAACAGUUUAACUAGACAAAAAGAGGUAUUUGUGCCUCAGAGAGGCCGGCAAGUCAUGUGGUACAGUUGCGGACCUACAGUCUACGAUGCUUCUCACAUGGGACAUGCCAGAUCUUACAUUACGUUUGACAUCCUGCGCCGUGUCCUCUCCGACUACUUUGGCUAUAAUGUGGUGUAUGUGAUGAACAUCACAGACAUUGAUGACAAGAUCAUCAAGCGGGCUCGGCAGCAGCAUCUAUAUGCCCAGUACAUCUCCACGACCCGGGAACUGGCUCUCACACUCAGUGACACGAGGAGUGCCAUGGACUUGCUAGUUGAAAAUGCCAAGAAAGCCACGGAUCCAGACCAGCGAGACAUGCUUAUGAAACUUUCACUCAGAGUGACAGCAGCAUUGGAGAAUUUGGAGAAAGCUGUCAAAAGCAAUGAUGAGAAGAAAAUUGAUGAUGCCAAAACGGUACUGAUAGAUGUGAGCCGAGAUCCACUGUCCGAUUGGCUAGACAAGGAACAAGGUCACCUGGUCACUGACAACGACAUAUUCACCAGCCUGCCUCGUCACUGGGAGGCCGAGUACCACCGGGACAUGGAUGCUCUCAAUGUUCUGAGACCCAAUGUGCUCACUCGAGUCAGUGAGUAUGUACCUGAGAUUGUGGCCUAUAUUGAGAAGAUCAUAGCCAAUGGCUUGGCCUACGAGUCUAAUGGGUCCGUGUACUUUGAUGUGAAGACAUUCGAUGCAAGAUCCAAUCAUUACUAUGCCAAGCUUGUUCCUGAAGCUUAUGGAGACCAAGCCACUCUUCAGACAGGAGAAGGUGAUUUGGGAGCUGGCGAUGGUGAGAAAAAGUCGCCCACAGACUUUGCCCUGUGGAAGAAGUCAAAGCGAGGAGAACCGUGGUGGGAGUCUCCGUGGGGAAAAGGCCGGCCUGGCUGGCAUAUCGAGUGCUCAGCCAUGGCUUCAGCCAUCUGUGGGCAGUCGUUAGACAUACACACAGGGGGUGUCGACCUCAAAUUUCCCCACCACGACAAUGAGUUGGCACAGGCUGAGGCAUACUUUGACAAUGAUCAGUGGGUGAGGUACUUCCUCCACUCUGGACACCUGACGAUUCAAGGGUGCAAGAUGUCCAAGUCCCUCAAAAACUUUGUGUCCAUCGCAGACGCACUAAAACGUCACACCUCCAGGCAAUUGAGGUUAGCAUUUUUGUUGCAUUCAUGGAAAGAUAACUUGGACUACAGUGACAACACCAUGGAACAAGCUAUUAACUACGAGAAGAUGUUAAAUGAGUUUUUCCUAUCAGUGAAGGAUGUGACAAGACAUGUUACUGGAGAGACACGGUUGGACAGCUUCCACAAGUGGGGUACCCGGGAGAUGGAGUUGCAGGCCAAGUUCUCCCAGACCAAGGAAGCUGUGCACAUCACACUCUGCGACAAUAUAGAGACACGGCCGGCACUGGAUAGUAUCCGAGACUGUAUCACUGCCUGCAACGUGUAUCUACGUGGUGGCGACCCUGACUGCUUGCUGCUGCGGGACAUUGCCGCUUACAUUACCCGCAUAAUGCGAGUGUUCGGAGCCAUCCACACUUCCGAGGAUAUUGGCUUCCCUAUCUCUUCUGCUAGUGCUGGAAACGCUAAUGUGGAGGAGCUGGUGAUGCCGUACCUGACAAUAAUGGCUGACUUCAGAGACAGUGUGCGGGGUCUGGCUCGUUCACUCAAGGCAACGGAUAUACUGGCAGAAUGUGACAAGCUGCGUGAUGAUGUGCUGCCAAACAUGGGCGUGCGGCUGGAAGACCAUGAGGGUCGUGCAACAGCUGUCAAGCUGGUGGACAAGGACACACUGCUGCGUGAGAGAGAGGCCAAGAAGAAGGCGGAAGCUGAGAAGAUCCUGGAGAAGGAGAGAAAGCGAAAGGAGAUGGAAGCAGCUCAAGCUCUGCGGGAAGCUCAGAAAAGGGUACCGCCACAGGAAAUGUUCAAGUCCGAGACUGAAAAGUAUUCUCUAUUUGAUGAUAAGGGCAUUCCAACUCAUGAUAGAGAGGGGAAGGAACUCAGCAAAGGGCAGAUAAAGAAGUUGCAGAAGCUUUGGCAAGCACAAGAGAAGAAGUUUCUGGAGUUCCAGAGUGCCUGCAACAACCACGUCGCCACGUAAUGCCAGCUGGGCCCUUGUAACAAUGAAGGCCUUUCAGUAUUGAUUUGUUAUUUAUUUAUUGAUCUACUGAUCUAAAAACCAUUGGGACGGAUUAAAAGAACUGCUUUUUAUAAACUUAAUAUUUUUAUGAACUUAAGAAUGCCGUUCAGUUCACUACUUAAAACGGGCAUAUAAAAAGUAGUCUAGUCUUUUGUACUUGAGGAAACAUUUGACAUUUUAACUAAUAAUUCAUGUUACUGUGUAUCUCUAUUUAUUUUGUUCUGUUAUUAUUGUAAAACUUUAGUUAGGUUUAAGGAUGUUGCGUCCAAGGCAAUUAUUUUGUUGCAGUUGUGAGAUGAAUAAGAUUGCAACAGUAACAUAAAAUUAAAUGUAAGGGGAAAUUGGCUUGUUAUGUAAUUUGACUCAUAAAUUACUAGUGUUGUAAAACUCAAAAGAAUCGAUUAUGUUUCCGAACAUUAAAUGUAUUUUGUUACUGUUUUAUACGUGGAAGUAGGCCAUAAAGCAAUACAAACUGUUAUUUUCUUUAUAUCUGGGGAGUUUUUACGACUAAUUAAUUGUUGAUGUUAUUAUUAAACUAUUUUUUUAUACUAUUAUGAUAUAUUGUACUAUCAGUACACCAAGGUGGUUCCGGGUGAUUCCUUUUGCUUCCACAUGUGAAAUCUGUACCAUAACAAUUUAAGAUUUAUCUUAUGCUUGUUUUCCUUAUAACAUAAAGAGUUUAAAUAGGAUUAAAAGGUUGGGCAAACAAUGUUGCUGUGGUUUAGUGUUGCAUGAAAGGUUUAGGCCAAAGAUGAAAGAUUCAUAUUCUGGUCUACUGCUAUACUACAAAUAAUUUUGUCAAAUCAUUCUAUGAGAUCAGAGACUAUACAAUAAAAUAAAUCUUGAUUUUGUCUGGCAAUAUUAGUUGUAAAUAUAUAAUUUUUUUAUUGAUUUUUACAAUUGAAUGUUCCUACGCACAUUCAACAUCCCAAUAGUGUUAAUUCUAUUUUAGCUGUGUCUGUUUUCAGUUUGAAUAUAAAAGUUUGUAUAUUUGGUUCUUUUUUAAUAUUUUUCUGUGAUCGAAAAGAUUACAACAUAGGAAAAUAUUUAUGUUGUGUAUUCAAUAAAUUAUUGAGAGUUGUAAUUCUUCAAAAUGAAUGGCCACCAGAUUUGUCCAUAACAAAGCAAACAUAAAUUAUAACAAAUAUUUAUCAGUGAUAAAUAUUAUUGUUGCCAAAUACUGUAUGGUGGUAAAUUUUGAAUAGUGUAAUUACUUGUAACUAGUAUUUAUGAAGUCCCACUCAUUUUUAAUUCUAAGUUUUGACAUGCAGGGUUUUUUGUGAUUCAUUGAAUAUUUACUUCCAUACCUAUUUAUGACUGUAAAUCUAAUCUUGCUUUAUUUAUUAUUGAAUUAUUUGUUUUAAAAUUAAGUUACUGUUAAUGUAUAAAAUAUAUACUUUUUAAAAAUG